CGAAUCGCGCCUCCCAUCAGUGAGUGGGCUGCAAGUCAAAUGAGCUCCCCGUCAUCCCGCUGGCUGAGCGCACCGGAGGCGACUGGCUGACUGCGCAAAGAUGCGACGAUGCGCCCCGCAGAGCCGCGGCGGAUGAAGGGAUGCGCAGCGGCCGGAGGAGCGGACUGCGCGCUGUUCUCUGACGGAUCGGACCGAACCGAACCGAUUCUGAUUCUGUGGCGUCAAUUGUGCAGCCAGGCCGACCGGAAUGAUGUGGCGGUGCUGAUCCCGGUUCGGGAUGCCCUGCGAGCUUCCUCCGUAAACAACGAAGACGCGAAAGGACGUUACAGAAAGGACACUUAAUUAAAACCCUGGACUGAAGACGCCGAGCCAUCUUAUCAGCGCUGCUGCUCUGACCGCUCCAUCAGCCCUGAGUCCGGCUGACAGAGAGGUCGGCGAGGCUCAGAAGACAGCAUCCCGGCGCAUCGGCGUGGAAGAAAACAAACUCCUCAUUACCUCCAGUCCCAUCAGCUGUGACAGCAGGACGUGUAACCUGCUUGUUCCUCUGUUUUUGCUCGCAGACAUUCCAGCCUGAUGUCUGGAUGGGAAAAAAGUUGAUUUUCUCUCAUUUAUUGAAUCCAAAAAGUGUCAGAGGCAACUGCUAAAAUGUGAGGUUUGAAAAGACUCUCUUAUUCUUUCGGUUUCAUCGUCAGUAUUUUUGAAAGGGACCCUUUUCACAACGACCUCAGCUAUUUCACCAUGCCCAGAAGACUCCGUCUGAAUUAUUGUCAUGCCGACUCAGAGCUGCCGUGCUCUGACUCGAGAACAGGUUCCUGAGAGCGGCAGCGUUUCUUCACCCAAAUGAGAAUUCAACUCAACCUGACAGGCUGCGUUUUGACAAAACAUCGGCGGAGGAACGACCGUAAAACUUAGAUGAGGCCGACAGCGGGCACCAUGCUCCAGCAGAAUAACAACAAUAACUACCCCUGCCUGAGCAUGUCGGACUGCCCCCGGGAGAUGCUCCAGAAGUGCUCCAGAGCCUCGCUGCCCUUCCCCGGCCGAAUGGAGCUGGGAGACCUGCCUCUCAUCCGUGGCCUCCGAGCCUGGGCCCUGUGCUCCAAGAACCGCCGCAAGGCCAGCGGCCUGCUGGGGGGAGCCAAAGCCCCCACGGCUCCUCCCCUGGGGAGGGGGACCUCGGCGUCCUGCCCCAGGCCUGCAGACGUCUACCUGAGCGGCUACGGGCUGCCCCUGGGGCUCGACGCCAGGCAGGCCGGAAUCGGCGCUCUGGUCACGGUUGCCACUCUGAAGACCUCGGAGGGCAGCGGGAAAACCCAGACGCAGUGCCUCUUCCUGCGGACGGACAAAGGCAGCUGUUUGUACUCGACUGCCAAGCCCGGCUCCGGUGCGUCACCCGGCAUGGUCGGUGAAUGGCUGAGAGGAAAAAGAGGAGGCGCAGAAGGAGGAGGAGGAGGAGGAGGCGCGGAGCCUCUGCCCGCAGAGGCCGGAGCAAACCGGGUCAGGGUGCGAGCCGGCCGGAGGUGGAGGAAGUCCGGCAACGCGGCAGGCCGGGAGAGAAAGGCAGCGAGCCGAGAGCGGCAGCAGAGGAGCAGCAAGAAGGUUGGGGCUGGUGUGGAAGAAAGGCAGGAAGAGGGAGACAAUGAGCGGCUGGACAGUAAACAGUUUCCCAGCCCGCAGCUGGACAACAGCGCAGCCAGAUGCUGCGACAAUGUCUCCCCUAAAGCCUGCACUCGAAAGAAUAGCUGCAAUAAGCUGGAGGGAGAGGAGAGUCCAGCCAGAAGAGCUGCAAGUGAGCUGAACCUGAGAGCAAAGAGGGAGCGGCAAAGGAAUGAGGAGGAGGGGGGAGCGUCUGCCGCUGUUUUGGACGCAUCAAACCCUGACCUAGAAUCAAAGUGCACUCACAGAACCUCCAACAGCAGCCGCGCUGUUGAUGAAGACCAAGAAACACAAAGAGCCAAAGGACUCGAGGAGCUGAAGACGCAGGACGACCUGACGAGGAGAGACGAGGACGCAGACACGGAGGAGUUGGGGAAACGCGUGACCGGCAGCGACUCGGUGGGGACACCGAAAGACAGGAACGCUGAAAAUGAAACAAAACGAGGUGCAGAACAAGAACCAGAGAGAGACAUGGAGCGUCUGUCUGCAGCCUCAGUCACCAGAACACAAGAGUCCUCCCUUCCUGUAGGGGGCACCGUCUGCAGGACUGAUCAGGAGACCUUCUGGGUUCAUUCCAAGCAGGAAAGCAACCAAAAGCAACUUGAAGUUGAACUUGGCCCAGAAGUGGAACACAAGGUCGAAGAAGAACCGGAUGUUUGCAGCCUUCGGCCCCAAGAGCCACACCGUGCAUCUGAUGAGAGCCACACUGUGAAUGGGGGAACCAGAGAACCUCACAUUCUCCUGAAACAUGAGCAAAACAACAGCCUGCAGGAGAAGGAAGCUUCGUGUUCGCCCGUCAGACAGAGAAACCCCUCCAUCCCUGAGAACGUGGAGGGGAGGAUGGGGAAGCCGGAGGACGCGUUCACCUGCUGCAGGCUGGAUGAUGGAAGCGGGGAUGAAGAAGAGCAGAGGAGGCGGGCUUCAGGGGACGCUCGGUCCCAGGAGCCGGGCAGGUGUGCUGAGACCAACGGACAGGAGUCCACCCCGGUCUUUGACGGUGCCGAUCCCCCCACCUCCCAGCCUGCUCCCUCUCUCCCCACCCCGGCAUCCAUGGUGACCGGCCUGCUGUGUCCGGAGGUGGAGGAAGGGGAGGCGGUGGGAGUGACGCCAGGACAUGAGGGAGGCGGCCCCAAACAGAAAGGGAGUCCAAAGGGAGAGCUGGAGGAGAAGGCUGAGGAGGUGAGGGGCUCCACCGGGGCCCCUGAGGAAGGGAGGAAGGAGGAGGAGGAGGAGGAGGAUGAGUUUGGAGUCUUCAUGCAGGCGGAGGGGGAGCCAGCCUGGAGCGAGGGAGUUAACAUGUCUGCCUCUGUGUCUAGUAGGAGCAGAGGGAGCACUGGCGGAAGCCUCGCCACCGGCGGAGAAGACGACUGGACGGCCUUCGCCCAGGAGCCGUCUGAUGAAGGCGGAGACGCUGUGGAGCAGUGGUGGCCGGCCAGCGCUGCGGAGGCGAGGAGAGACGGACCGUCGACCAAUCACAGUCUGGCUGCUGUGUUUUCUGAGGCCUUCCCCCCGCUGCUUCCCCCCAGUUUCACACCAGGUGACUCCUGCGACCCGGAAGCCGUUCCCACUCUGAAGCAGCUCCUCCAGGGCAAGGCCCGACCGGAUCAGGGGCUUCUGGACUCGUUCCAUGACUUGAACAAAAUGAUUGGCCAGAGCCACAAGCGAUCCAACGGUGCGUCUCAGAGUCUGCUCCUCAAGACGUUGCAGCUGCAGCAGCCACUUCCUGAAAGCAGGCCUACUUCCUGGACGACCAACCGCCGCCUGUCCCCGGGUCUGUCCUCGGCCAAUCAGCACGCUGCUGCCAAGCGGCGGCUGUCGUACGACUACAACAGAAACAUCGUGCAGUGACGCCGCAGCCAUGGUUAACCUGAAGGACUGCAGGUUCCUGGAGGACGUGCGUGCGCGAUCUGCUUCUCAAGACGCUGACUUCCUUCCCCGCUCUUUGCACGCCGUCCGGUUGAUUCAAGCCUGGCGGAUUUAGAGUCAGCGAGAGCAAAAAGGAGCGGCUGGCGUUGGUCGUGUUUCAGAAACGUUGACGUAGACAGGCGGGAGUGCUUUUGUGUCCUUCAUCCGCCCGCCUUCUUCCUCACCGCCUCCCGUCCGGAGGUGAGCUGAGCACAGCAGACCCGAGGCGCUCGCCACCAUGUUAAGAAAAAAAAACAAAAGACAACCAAGGACAUCAAAGCAAAGCUGUUUGCUCUAAUAUAAUUUUUUCUUCAUUGUGUUACUAAGUCGUUAAUAAAGCCACUUUCUGCUGUUCUGCACACCUUUCUGAAUCGGGUUUUCACAGCUUUGGAGGCUCUUUUAAUCUGUUGCACUCUAACAAGUUAAUGUAAGCUAUUAUAGCCCUGCUAGACCUGCUGUGGGUCUUGGUUCUGCUCCUCCUAGAGGAAAAGAGUUCAGAUAUAAAAUGCGAUUAAAGAUAGAAGUCAUUUUCUGUUGCUUACAGUGGAACAUGUACAUUAUAAUACACUCCUAGUCCGACUGGCUCCGUCUGGGUCUCUAAUCCGUAUGUGGCUAAAGUUUGCUUUGCAACUUGGACCUGAACCGCUCCCGUUUUUUAGCCUUCAAGCUGCUGACAUCAUUCUGGCUGAAUCAGGUCUGUGCCAGGUUGUGUUCCUGCCACAGACCCGGUUUUCUAGCCUUCUCCCCCAGUUUUCAGUACCGUUGAGGUCACCGUUGUUCCAUUUUAGCUUCUUGGAUCUGGUUUUGAUGUGUGUCUGGAAAACCUGACUACAUAUAACCAUGUAGCUGUUGAUUUGAGGCAAUCCACCUGUAUAGUUAGCAGAAAAACCGUCCCACAGCAUGAUGCUGCCACCUCCGUGCUUGACAGUUGGUUUAAAAGCCACAACUUUGCCUCCUGAGAACAUUCUUCUGGCCAGUUUUUGUCUCGUUUCUCCAGAAGGCGUUGGGUUUAUCCACUUGGGCAGCAGCAAGGCGUUUUCCUGUAUUUGCCACGUUUGGCAUCCAAACAAGUUGUAUUUCUGUGAAACAGUUGUGACUGAUGGCCUUGGAGUCUGCGAUUGUUUUAAAAACGGCUCCAAAAAGCUUCCUGAACUUUGGUAAAUCUACAAUUCUCCUUAGAUCUCCACUGAGAAUCCCAUCGCUGCACUCAAUCAGGAUCACCAACACUAAGGUCAAUCUAAGACUUUCUACAAGGCUCAGCUUCAUUUAUUAAAAAGAUUAAGAUGACUUUAUGUACACGUUUCACCCUAUGUGGAUUAGAGAAAAUCCACCUUUAAUUGAAAGCUGUUAACCAAAAUCUUUUUAUUUUUAGAAGAUAAUUUUUCAAAUUCUUUAAAGACAAGUUAAAAAAAAUCCUUAAAAAAAUCAAAAACUAAUGCAAUUUAAAUCAUAAGGAGUGGAUGCAGACCUCUCACUGCACCGCCAUCUCUCUAAUCCAGGUUUUUUUUUUGGACCAUUCAAGAAUGGUCCAAAUUUGACCCUCCAUUAAAUAGAGCUGAUGCACAUGGACAAUUUUUGUAAUUUUGUAGAUGUCAAUGACAAAUUUGUGUCCUUAAAUGGAAAAUAUUCAGUACAUAUGUAUUUCUUUUAACAUCCUUGUUCCUGUGCUUUCGUUUUUAAUACAGUCUUAGACCAUUUAUUAAACUUGGCUAAACAACACCUAAAUACAGUUUUAGAAGAAAGUUCUCCUUUUUGUUGCUGGGAAUAGACCAACAAUAUUCUCUCUAGACCAACAAAACAGAAACUUUGAGGAUUUGUUAUUUUUCUUCUUUGUUCCAUUCAAAUGUUGCAUGUUUAAUUUAUUGGGAAAUGUGUAGAAAAUCAUUCCCCAACACAAAUUAAUUAGCUUUUUUUUUAGCUUUUUUUUAACAAAUAUGUCCAUGGAGUUCUAGGCGCACAAAGUUUGGACACCACUGCUUUUAUGUUUUAUUAUUCUGGGCUGGCCCACGGUUGCAUGGGAAAUUUGAUUUGUUGAACCUCUUCCUGUGAACGCCAACAGCAUUUCAGUCCAGAUUUGGGGGAACCUGGCAGGGGGGGGGUGGGGGACAAGUUUAAUUGGCUGAGCUUAAAACCAAACCCAGGUAAUUGGUUAAUGUUGAUUAAACCUGUAGCAUCAGAUUGCAACACAGCAAACGAUGCAGAUUAUUGUUUACACUUAUAACAAAGUUAACUUGCCUGUUUCUUUGAUUCUUAUAUUUUAAUUUUACACUAUUUUAAUUUAUCAACUCUGGAACCAUUGAAUAAAAUUUAAUAGAAAUGUAAUUUUCAACAAAUACGUUUUAGAUCUGGGGGUUUGUGUUAAAAUUCUGGUAUUUAUGGGAGCUACCUGGUUCACGUUCGCCUUGGGCCGGCUCUGGUUUUAUUUAAAGGAAAAGGCAGAGAAUAAUCAUCCAAUACCAACAGUGGGGAAAAUGAAAAAAAUAUUUUUUGUUUAAUUAGAUGAAAAGACAUAAAGCCGUUGUGGAUUUUUUGCUCUCUCUGUAUUAACAUGGUGGCCUGAGCCUUUGUGGAAGCUGGUAAACUUAUGCAAACAUGCACUCAUCAGCUGGAGAACUUCCUCCUGUUCUCCGUUGUUCCUUAAAUGCAGCAGGAGCCCACAGUGGAACAGAACCCUGCUGAUCUGCGCCAUCCUCUGGAUUCAUGCACAUUUAGAAAACCCUCCCACUGCAGAGCAGAGUUCUGCAUCAUUUUGUGGCAUUCAUUGCUGUGUAUAAAAAAAACAAAUACUUUUUUAAAGUCUUGUUUUACUUUCUUUUUUUUUUUUCUUUUUUUUUGCAAAUGCAUGGGCUUUUAUUGCCUUUUUCCUGCAGAUAACGAUUUCAAAGGAAUCUGGAAAUAGAAAGAAACCGGCUUGUCUUCCAGUUAGCGCCGUCAGGACCACCAGUGGAAAGUGUCAGUUUUCACCAGCCUUUCAGAGCGGAGAGACGACGGCUCCUCUCAAACUGAGCUGGGCUUAAAACAGCAUGUUUCUUUGUCUUUCUGCUGCUCCUCUGUCUCCUUUCUGUUUGUCGCUGCUGAGAGCACUCCCUCUGCCAAACCCGGCUCUAGCUGCCAGCGGAGGCUAAAACGUCCACCCUGUUUAGGACUCUGCGUCGUGUUUUUAGUUUGAACACGCAGACGUUUUCUUCUGUCUGUCGUAUACUCUCAUUUAUGGGCUCAAUCGUUUGUGAUGAAACUCUGAAACAAUCAUGCUUGUGUGUGCCACGUGUACAGCCCCUGAAAUCCUGAAAAAAGAUGAAUAUUUUCGGACCUGUUCCAGUCAGGAUGACAGAGCUGUCGCCUCGCUAACUGAUGUAAUAAAAGGAUACCACGUG